UAGGAAAAGAGGGCUGCGUAAUCUAGAUAGCCGUCAUCACAUCUGCAGAGUGAAGCGGCUCGGAUCGGUGCAGAAAUUACAGAAAAAUGGUGUUGUUUACGAUGAUCGCGCGGCUGGCGGAUGGACUUCCUCUGGCUGCGUCCAUGCAAGAAGAUGAACAGAUGGGUCGAGACAUGCAGCAGUAUCAGAGCCAGGCCAAACAGCUGUUUCGGAAGCUUAAUGAACAAAGUCCAACACGCUGCACGCUGGAGGCAGGGUCCAUGACCUUCCAUUACCUGAUAGAGAAAGGGGUGUGUUACCUGGUGCUCUGUGAGGCCGUGUUCCCCAAGAAACUCGCCUUCGCCUACUUAGAAGAUCUCCAAGCCGAGUUCCACGAGCAGUACGGGAAGAAAGUUCCCACCGUGUCCAGACCGUACUCCUUCAUCGAGUUCGACACGUACAUCCAGAAAACGAAGAAGUCUUACAUCGACAGCAGAGCUCGCAGGAACCUGGGCAACAUUAACACGGAGCUGCAGGACGUCCAGAGGAUCAUGGUGGCCAACAUUGAGGAGGUGCUGCAGCGAGGAGAAGCCUUAUCUGCUUUGGACUCGAAGGCCAGCAACCUGUCCAGCUUGUCCAAGAAAUACCGCAGCGACGCCAAAUACCUGAACACGCGCUCCACCUACGCCAAGCUGGCCGCCGGCGGCGUCUUCUUCAUCAUGCUCAUCGUCUACGUCCGCUUCUGGUGGCUGUGAGGACGAGGAGGAGGGAGGAGACGUGACGGAGGCUUGGACGUCGCGCCGAAGGCGGCGGAAACGAGACGCCGUCACUCUCCCUUUCCUCAGAGACUGAUGGUUGCGGCACUUUCUCUCCCCUGGCAGUUCGCAGACUGAGCUACGAGUCUAUGAUUGUUCAUAUGUUGUAUGUUUUAUUAACCGACGCAGAAGGAUGAGUGAGUGACUGACUCUGUGUGUGUGUGUGUGUGUGUGUGUGUGUGUGUGUGUGUGUGUGUGUGUGUGUGUGGAGAUGGUGAUGUGAAUAAGGGCGAGGGCGAGAGAGAGCUUUUCCCGAGGAAUCCGCCCACAAAGAGCGCCACCAAGUGGACAAUUUGCCUUAUUUCACAAUCCGUCUGAGAGAAUCAGAAAGACAAGAAGACGAGUCACUCACUCACUCACUCGCUCAUUCACUCACUCACUCACUCAUUCACUCACUCAUUCAUUCAUUCAUUCGCGCUCUGAGUGGACGGAUUGCAGGUUUUUCCCCCAGGUUUACAGGCCAUGUGUUAGGCAGUGAAGUACACAGCUGUGAAAACCACCACAGUGAGGAAUAAAAAAGAGGAAAAAAGACUCUGGUGUACUUUUGCCUUUCAGUUGACAAUAAAGCGGUUCAGUGUCUGAUGCCUGUAGUUUCGGUGUCUAAUCUAAUAAACAGCUGAUGUUU